AUGUUAAACAGGUCUUAUUUGACUUCAAAAUCUAACAAUUAUUAUUCCUCUAAGAUGUUGGCUACUAAUGAUGUCAUUAAAUCUCAGUAUGAUACAUUACUAGAUAAACAAUCUAUUAAUUCAUGGCUUCCAUUGCCACAUCCAUGUGUAUUCACAUCGAAUUGGUCAUCUCUUCAUUUUGAUUUAGUUAAAAAUUAUCCAUUAUCUUGUUUACAUUCAAAACAUACAUCUGAAUCAAAUUCCACAUUAACACUAAAAGAAUCCUGUUUAAAUGUUCAUAAACUAGGAUCUAUGACAAAUGAAACAACCUUAAACAAUGAUCAUUAUAUAGAAGUGAAUGAAGAUUGUGAAACAGAUUCAAAUAUAAUUCAGAAUGAAAACAAUACAAAUGAACACCUUAAUAAAGAAUAUGAAACUCUACCAGAAGUAAAGAAACCAAUAUUAUCAACUCAUAAAAGUAUAACUAAUAAUUAUAUAACAAUCAAAAAAUUUACAAUCCGUGAAACAACAAAUUUAUUAAAAACAUGGUUAAAUAAUCAUCGUCAUAAUCCAUAUCCAACAAAAAAUGAAAAAAUUAAAUUAUCUAUUAUAACUAAUUUAAGUUUAACACAAAUUUCAACAUGGUUUGCUAAUGCUAGAAGAAGAUUAAAAAAAGAUAAUCAAAUGACAUGGAUACCAAAAAUACGUCAUCAUAGGAUAGUAACUAAUUCAAUCAAUUUAAAUAAUAAUAAUAAGAUACAAAUUUGUCAAAAACCGGGUGGUGAUAAUAAUAAUAAUAAUAAUAAGGUUAAUAUGGAUCAAUUAUCACAAACGAAAUCUCAAUUAAAAUCAACAAUAAUAAGAGAUUGUUUAAUUAAUCCAUUCAAUACUCAUCAUCUUCAUCAUCACAACUAUCACCACCACCACCAUCAUCAUCAUCAUUCUCCUCAUUUGACAUCAUUUAAAAAUCAAUUAAUUUUGAAAUAUUUUCUAAAUAAAACUACCCAGCAACAAGAAGAAGAAGAAGAAGGAGAAGAAGAGCAACAACAACAACAACAACAACAACAAGAACCAUCAUCACCACAACAAGAAUGUCUACAAUUCAAAGAGAAAUUAAAUAAUAAUAAUAAUGAUGAUGAUCAGAUCAAUUUAUCUAAUGAGAAUUCUAUAAUCAAUAAUGAUCAUAGUAACAAUGAUUAUCAUUUAUGGUAUAAUGAUUAUCAUACUAAAUUAAUCCAUAUAAUCAAUCAAUUAAAUUGUGAAAAUAUUGAUCAAUAUCCAUUAUUCUAUGGAUCAUUAUCGAAAUUAACUACAUAUAAUAAUACUACUAUUAAUAAUGAUAAUAAUAAUAAUAAUAAUAAUAAUAAUAGAAUAGUAAGAGAUGAUCAAACAUCACAAUUAUGUAAUCCUUCAUCAAAAAUAUGGUCAGUUGCUGAUGUCAUCGAUGUAUAA